UAGAUUACAUCAAGUUUUCCUUUUCAAUAUUUGAUUUGGCGUACCCUGAAUAUAUUAAGAAUAAAUUAUAUUUGGUCUUUUUUCUUCAUGCAGGUCAAAGGAUGAUCAUAUCAAAGGUGGUCUUCUCUUCACUGUGACUCUCAGACAUGAGCACAAUCAUCGUAUAUUCUGUGCAGACGCCAUGCGGAAAAGGGAUGUCUCAAAACAGACUGUCGAGAAACUAAAGAGCCUGUUUCAGAGUGGACAUUCACCAUCCUCAGCACUUGACACUAUCAAAUAUGAUCUCCAAGAAGAACAAGGUGACAACUAUGUAUUUGCUGCAGCAGAUCGUGCUAUAUGCCCUGAUCUCCAUUUUUGCUUCAAUCUGUAUUAUGAUAUCUUCAAGAAGACAUACGGUGCCUCUUCUGGAGAAAUGGUGCUCAUCGAUAUGGAGAAGGUCAUUGAGCAGUACAAUGAUGAGCAACAAGACAUGUGUGCCACCAUGAAAAUGACUGAAGACGGUCAGACAAUCGUCGCUCUAUGCACACCUUUAAUGAAGAGGGUGCAUAGGAUGGUGAAGCAUAGUGCUGAAAUGGUCUUCAUCGACUCUUCAGGCAACUGUGACAGGCAUAAUACAAGGAUAUUUGUGCUCCUCACCCACUCUACUGCUGGCGGACUACCUCUAGGAAUUAUCAUGACGACAUCCGAGAGUCAGGGUACUAUAGUAGCUGGCCUCGACCUACUAAAAACGAUUCUGCCUGAUGAAGGUUUUGCUGAGAGAUGUUCUCUUGGGCCAAGAGUCUUCAUUACAGAUGACUGCCUGUCUCUGAGACAGGCACUGUCUUCUGUAUAUCCAGAGGCAUCGCUAUUGCUUUGUGUCUUCCACUUGCUACAGGCGUUGUGGCGUUGGUUGUGGGAUAGCCACAACGGUAUCUCCAAGAAGGACAGGCCAUACCUUCUUCAGGCAUUCAAGAAGAUGGUUUAUGCAGACACACCUGAUCAGCUGACCGAGUGUUACGAUGGUUUCUCUCAGGAUGCCAUCGCCCAGCAGUACCCGAAGUUCAUAGAUCACAUUUGCAAGAUAUACGAGAGACGUCAGGUGUGGGCGAUCUGUUUACGAGAAGACUUACCAGUACGAGGAAAUCACACCAACAAUUUUGUUGAAAGUGCAAUGCGGAUUGUGAAAGAGAAGGUGCUCCAACGGCUAAAAGCCUACAAUGUCACACAACUACUCCAUUUUCUCAUGACAAGGAUGGAGGACUAUUACGUCAGGCGCCUGACAGAUGUGGCCAACAACAGAAUGACAAGCUCUCGCCCAAGGUUCAAUUUGAAGAGCAGUGAUGUGGACUGUGGUCAGAUAACUAAGGAUGAUGAAACACACUACACAGUACCAAGUACUGCUGGGGGGAAUAUCUACCAUGUGAAUAUGGAGCUUUCCACAUGUACAUGUCCUAUGGGUAACACUGGGGGUCCAUGCAAACACCAACAGGCAGUCAUGACAACCUACCGUCUGCAAAGUAACAACUUCCUACCAAGGCAUUCACCUCAACUGAGGAAGACCUACUAUAUCAUAGCAACAGGACGAGAAAAUGUAACUGAAUCAUGGUUUGGGAGCUUGGAUAUAGAAGAGGAUAUGUCACUGCCUGCUCACGAUAACGCUCCAGUGGACCUAUCUGAUGAAGACCAAGAUGCAGCAGUCCAGCAUGCCGUCCAGGAUCCUCAAGUUCUUAGAGUUAAAUCCCUUUCCUUGCAACGAAAUUUACAAAACAGAUUCGACAGAGAGCGAAAUGGAUCUAGAACUAGCAAGAAGAAGGAAAGCGAAGAGAUGGCCAAUAGAAUCAAGAACAUGAGUGAGAUACUUCAGACAAAGGUCAUGACAGAUCCCGAAACAUUCACAGGGCCUUUGAAUUCGUUUCUUUCACAGUUUGAAAAGAUGAAAACAGACAGUACGCUGAUUUCAUCACUCUGUACCUUUGGAAAGUAUAAUGGAGCAGUUUCAUGUUCUGCCCAACGGAUACGCAACAAGUACCUGCUGACCUCGAAGAAGAUAGGUGUUCAACCAACCGCUGUGGCAAGGCGAAAGGCAGCGCUUGGAGGAAGGAGAGCUUUGAUAACUGGCCGUCCAGUGAAAGGGGCGAAUAUCCCUGAACAUAGCUAUGCAAAGUCUAGACGAAGAGAAUUAAAGAGGGGAGAAUUGCCAAAACGUCAGAAACGUGCUCCUCAUUCAUUGUCACAAUGUGUGUCUGACAAUGUGACAAUUGGUCGCACACAUUCAGUAAAGUAAAGCAAUCUUAACAAGUAACUACACUCUAAAAAGGUAUUUUUCCAAAGGUAUAAUAAUAAUCCUUUAAAAAGUAUAUACAAAUUGUUAAACUACACGGAUGCCUUUCUUAUAUUGUUUGAAUUUCCGCAGUGUAACUCACUUAUUUGGGUUUGUCUUUAUGACAAAGAGAUUCUUUCAAUAGGAUACUACUAAAAAAAACCAGACAUAUUUGACAAGAAUUGAAUACAUUUAACAAAGAUUAGAAUUAAAGUAACGGUAUGCCUAGUGAUAAUCCUGUUAGAAGAACAUGUAUGUGUUUGCCGUUUUAAUUGACAGUGCUAUUUUGGAAUGAUACUAAGGACCUACAUGUAAUUCUGGGCCCUGUUGUAAAAAGAGUUACGAUUGAUCCGAUCAAUCACAUGCAACUAUGGACGGCCAGCAAUGUCAACAUCUAUUAUGCAAUUUUGUUCAAAAUAUUUUCUAGCUGUGAUGUAUAUUCAUGCAUUCGUUGUUUUCUUGAAAAUUCACUGCGCUUCUCUUUGCACGAAAAGGACUUUGUGCAAAUUUUUCGUUGAAAAAAUUAUGACACUAAUGGAUUUCCAUAGAGUUUGAUUGGUGGGGAUUUUUUUACCUGAUUACUAAUGCUUUAAGCAAGCAACCAGAGGACCGACGGCUUAAGGUUCCCUCUGGAGGACCUGGUAACAAGGAUUAAUGCCUUACCAAAGGGCACUACCGCACCAUUGAUCGGAUCAAUCGUAACUCUUUGUACAACAGGGCCCUGAUGUCACUGGCGCCGUUUCAUAGCAUAUAGAUAUAUAUAUAUGUUUGUUUAUACAUGUAUAUUGCUUGACACUGUAACUGCACUAUCUUUUUUAUAAUUUCAACUUUGUGGGACAGGGAAAGUCUAUGUCAUUAUGUAUAUUUCAUUUAAUUGCAUCACAUUAAUCUGGUCGAUGAAGAAAUUGUUUUAACUUAGUAUGCCGUUAUUUGUAUUUUAUACCAAUUAAGCCUUGGUAUAAUUGGUGCAAUUUCAAACAGAGCUUCAACUGGAGUUUAGAAUGUUGACCAAUUUCGCAAGAAUAUUAAGUUUAUCAAUUUCUUUUUAUAGCCACAGCAAUACAGUACAAUCAUGUUUUCGACCAACCCUAUAACCUAAUAUCAAUGUGUUCACAAAGCUAAAUAAAUACAAUAAAAUGCAAAAAAAAAACCCAGUAAGUUGGUGAUGUAAUUGGUCCUCUUAUUUGCAUACCGACUAGGAUGUGCUUAUAACUGUUUUUUUAAAUUAAGCGGAACUUAAGCAUGCCAUAAAGUUCAUAUUUAAGUCCAAUUUUGAUAAAAUUGACAGUGUUAUGCUUCUUUGUUUUGUCUCUUUUUAAUCAAAUAACAUUUUUUGUUGGGGUGGGCUUGCCCUUUAACAGUGAUGGGAAAAAUGUCAACAGCUGCUGAACAUAUCCCUGAUUUGUUUUUGUUUUUUUAUAGAGAGAGAACCGAAAUAAAGACACGUAUGCUUUCAUGAUC